AUGUUGAUCUGGUUCUUUUUGGCGUCCUUCGGGUCUGCCUUGGAGCAGGCGCUAUGCUCCAAGGAAAACACAGGAUCGGUGACUACUAAUAAUGUCUGGAUGUCAAAUGGACUCUGUUCCAACUUUUGUAGCCAAUACCGCUACGGCAUUGUCCAAGGAGAAAACUGCUGGUGCUCGAACACGGCGCCAGAUGACACCAGCGACUUAGGCAAUUGCGAUACUACGUGUCCCGGCUACGGAUACGAGAAGUGUGGGGGAGAUGGCUAUUACGGAUAUAUCAGCCUGUCUGGCAAUUCUGAUGGCUCGGAAUCUUCCAGCUCCUCGGUCGACCAAUCAAGCACUGCUGAUGAUAGCACUUCAAGCUCGACCGCCAACAGUGAAUCGUCCUCCUCCUCCGAAACAAGUUCAAGUGAAACACCGUCCUCGGAAUACACAUAUGCGGGCGCUAAUUCUCAGGUAUCCUCGUCUGAAAUGGAAGAGGUCUCCACCACCACGGGCUCGUCGUCAUCGUCAACAUCCGAUACUUCCUCCUCCUCGUCCUCCUCGUCUUCCACUUCCCUAUCAUCCUCUUCGGCUACCUCGUCCUCGUCGCCUAUCGCCACGACCUCUUCAUCGUCUGCGUCGUCCUCGUCGACUUCUAUAUCGUCGGAGUCGUCCUCGCCGGCCUCUAUAUCGUCGUCUCCUGACUCAACAUCCACCUCGUCGUCUUUAUCACCACCGCUUGCGAUCUCCACAUCGUCGUUUCUCAGCGCUGCGCCAGGAUCGGGUAUCUCUACAGCGCUAGUAACCACGAUGAUCAAGACAACCAUCACCUACACACCAGCACCGUCAGCAACCGAGAUCAACAAAAGCUCGCCGUCCAGCGCGGCUACUGACUCUCACAAACAUAGCUCGUCUUUUUUCGAUCACAAAGGAAGAGUCGCCGCAGUAUUUUCGGUGGUGGGCAUCGUAUCGCUCGCUCUGAUACUGUUACUGAUAUUCAUUCUCAGAAAAACGUAUUUGAACAAGCAUAAGGGACCAAUUGCCAUUGAAUCAGACACAGAUAGCUUUGAAAAGCCCGUCAUCAUCGGCACGUUGCCAAACAACCCAACGCCCACGGGUCCGCCGGCGUCUGGGUCCGCCAAAAAGGCCUCUGUGUUCUCCCUGCACCGCAAAUCUCACUCGGUCCCUACCGCUGUCCAACGGCCACCCCCACUCUCAGAUAUGGUGAUGGUUGACCAGAGACUGGACCCCCACAGCGAACUUUACAAUAAUAGUAAUCACUCUACUCGAAGCCUUAGUGAUCAGGUCGAUUACAGCCGGAAAGUGCUUCGGGUAGCCAACCCUGACGCCUGA